GUUCAGGCGAAAGGGGAGAAAAUGGAGUUCUAAUUUCUCCGCCGCCGUUGUGUAAAUGGCUUCUAUAACUGAAUGGAAUCUAACGGCUCUCUCACUUUUGUUACUACGCGAGCUUGUCAUUCGGAGUAUAAGUGCGCACUAUAAAAAAAAGUUCAGAAAUGAAAUAAUUUUAGAACUCCAGGCAGCGGACGAGUAAACACUUGAUGAGAUUUAAAUAAAGUUUUAGUUCUUGUGUUUUUACAUAAAAAAAAAUUGAAUGAAUAGAUUUAGACCUAUAUUAAUUUUUACCUUCUGCAGUUUUAAUUAAAAACUAAAAUUAAAAUGUAAAAUAACCAUUGUAAUGUAGAUAAAUAUGUUAAGUGAAAAUCUUAAAAAAUGGUACUUGCGUAAUAAAAACAGCUGUCUUAUUAUUUCAAGUGCAUAUAUAAUAUAACUAUUAUUUCCGAUAUAAGCCAAAUACUCUAACCAAUAAGCUAACAGUGUGAUCUACUCUAAAAUGUGAUAAAUUGUUUUUGGAACUUAACUAGAAGAAGAAUGUAAACUUCGAAGUGCUCUUCUUGAGAAAAUAUUUGUAUUGAAAGGCGUGAACCUCCAUUCGGACUUGACACUUGGAUACAAUAAUAUUCUCAGUUGUCGUCUGAAACAGAUAUUUGGCAGCAGACGCUGUGUUAAGGUCGCUGUGUUUAGGGGAAUCUUGAAAGAAAACGGGAGAUUAUAGAAAUCUGUAUCUUCAAGAGAACUGGUUUAUUAAAAGAAAACAGGAAGUGUCAGUCCUACGUUCCUGUCACGUGGCCCGCAAGAUGGCGGCCAGUAACGUGAGCAGCCCCAGAACCAAGCAGAGGUCGUCUUCACUGAAGAAGCCUCGCAGGCGUCAGCUGGACAACAUGGAGCUGGACGAAAUGAGGCCGAGGACGACGUCUUUGCCCACUAGGAAUGACAUCAUACGACCAGGGAUGAGGUAUCUGUCGCCGAUAUCUGACCACGAUUGUGGCCUCCAACCUCUACGCUCUUUCAUCACCACUCCCAAAGGUUUAAUCAACCGCGGGGACUCCAUCAGAUCCCGCAGCACCAGCAGCGUGUUGUCGUCCUGCAGCGGGAGCACCACAGAACUGACCCCGCAAUCAAGGUCAAGGACGUCAAGCUCAGUGUCAUAUGGCAGCACGUGCGAACAGAGCCCCGGAGUGCCGAGCUCUCCCAUUCCCACCACCUCCCCACUGGCUGCUCAGGAGAGCCCGUUCAGGGUGACGGUCCUCGGCUGCCCUGGGGUGGGCAAGCGGUCGCUGACCCAGCAGUUCACAACGUCUCAUUACCUUGGCGGCGUGGACUCGCCUUUUUCUCAAGAAGGUGACCGAGAGCUUCAUGUGUCUGUCUUGUUAGACGGCCUGGAGACUGCCUUAGAAUUUUCCACUCCUAUUGAAAGCCUGGCGCUUCAUUCCGUACCCACCCCCGAUGCCUUCGUCAUUGUAUUCACCAUUGAUGACCGCUCCACUUUUGAGAGGGCCACUGACCUCUUGUAUGAACUCAGGAAGAUGGACUGCUGGACAGGGCCGGUCAUCCUAGUGGCUAACAAGUGUGAUCUGGUUAGGACAAGGGCUAUUUCUACAGAAGAGGCCAUCAGCGUGGCCACAACCUAUGACUGUAAGUACAUAGAGACUUCUACAGUCCUGAACCACAAUGUGGAUGAGCUCUUGGUGGGCGUGGUGGCCCAGAUCCGGCUGAAGGAGGCCUCCACUUCCAAAUCUUCCAACAGCGACGUCAGCUGCUACGCCAGGAGCAAGCACCUACUGAGCAAGAUCUUCAAGAAAGACAACCUCUCCAAAUCUUGUGAGAACCUUUACGUCCUGUAAUGGUUCUGUUAUUUUACAGGGAAUAGACAUGCUGCUCAUUUCUCAUAUAAAAGACAUGCCUUUUAAGCCUUUUGAUUUAAUAUGGAUAUUUUGUGAAAGUGUUCGAAAUAGUUAAAUAGUUUACCUUACAUCCGUUGGCAACAAAGCUCCUUAAUUUUACGCCAUUGUAAAUUGUUCACUAUAAAAAAUACUAGUCAUUCUAUCUUUGUAUUGUUUAUUAAUAAAGGUGUGAACAUUGUUUGAAAUGGUUUAGAUCUAUGGAACAAAUUACAGUUGGUAAUGACAUUUGAGAAUUUGUGUUGUGAUAUUUAAUGUUUUCUCGAAGCAUCUUUCGCGUGACAGUCGUAGGAAAUGGAAAACAGAACAACCGCAUUAUAUAAUUACACAAUGCAAGAGAUAGAUUUUUGUUCCAAAGUA